AUGUCUUUAGCUGUGUCAGAGUACAUGAGCGGUCCAGUCAAUGUCAAGGACGGAGGCGACGCUGACGGCGCUGGUUUCCCUGACUGGCUUCCUGUUUUGAAGUCCCUUUUAAAUGAGCUUACAUUCUCUAAUUCAGCUCCCGAGAUUUUUGAAGUGGGAGGGGACUUUCUCCUUGGGUUCUCUCGCAUGGACUUAAUUCUGUCUGGUUUCUCCCCAGAGCAAAGGGCUAGAAGACUAUUGUGUUGUCUUUCGACCAGCGCUUACCAAAAGGCCCGGUUACUGGGACCUUUGGACAACCUUUUGUACGAAGAGUUGGUUGAGCGUCUGUAUGAGGUGUUUUUACCAAUCUCUUUGCGGGCAAAGCUUUUUAACAAUUUACGUCGCCGCUUUCAUCUCACUGGGGAAACCAUUGAAGACUACAUUGUCGAUAUUUACAAUCGGGUAGUUCGGAUUUUCAGGAGACUGAACCCUCAACUACAUGAUCAUAUUGCAGCGAACUUCAUCCUCUCGGGUCUCGACGUAGAAUCACUUCCCAGGUAUGCGUUGCUGUGGAAUCGACCACUGCGGGAGGUGCGUGAAGCCCUGCUCAGUGAUCCCGAUCUGCUGGCACGACGACAGCCCAUACACUACCCCUUCAACGCCCACCGGCGCUUCCGGGUUUUCAUUAUUGCUUAUCUAGGGAAUUCAAACAUUCUCAUAAUCCCUUUCCACGAACACAUUCGGCUAGCCGCUCUGCGAAUGGCACUGACUCCCGAAUCAUGCACCAGUCUUGCUGGCGACAACAACGGGGCUGGUUAA